GCUCUUGCCUUUUUAAAGAGCCUCCCGUGCCCACCUGCUUCCAUAAAGCAACGAGCGAAAAAGAACACCCGAUCUUGAGUUCUCUCGUCUGGCUCACCUUCGCCGUGCUCGCGUCCCUUCCAAAAGACUGCCCUCUGCAACUUCUUCCGCCUCCGAUGGACGACUACAACAGGUUUCACAUACCGGCGUUCGGGAGCUGGGACUGCUACGACGGCCUCCCCUUCACCCAGUGCUUCGACGAGGCGUCCGCGCGGCAGGCCGGGCUGCUCCGCUACACCUACUCCGUCGACCGCGACCUGUACGUCGCCGGCGACCUCUACCAGAACGACGUCGUCACCCCCGCCAUGAUCGUCGUCCCCCGCCGCCGCCGUCAUCGACGGGCAAAAGUCAGUGACCCGAGUCAUGAUGCCAAAGAAGGGAAGGAGAAAAGUUGGGCCAGCGACUUUCAGGAGCCGAUGAGCCCUCCUUUUGUAUCCAGGCCAACCCCAAAACCUGUGGACGAAGACCUGUACAAAAUCUCACCUGAGCUCCUUUAUACCGAGCCCAAGAAGAAGAGAGGGUGGAGCUUCUGGUCAUGCUGCUUGGUGCCCACUUGUGCUUCAUGAAGCUGGGAAAGAGAGAAGGGUCUUACAGGACCGAGUACAUAUAAUCUUAUAUAUGAUUAUGAUGAUGAGGAUGAGGAUGAUGAUGAUGAUAUAGAUGAGCUAAGAGUACAUAGGGACAAAAUAUUUGUGUUAUGCUGUAUUUGAAUUCCCAAUUUGUGAGCAUUGGGAUGAGAAAGCUGCUGGUUGAGGGAGGUGAUGUGAUAUGUUGGUUUGUCAUCUCAUUGCUAUGUGAGAGAGUAUGAUUGAUUUUGUCAAUUGGGUAUCUUUGAUCUUCUAGCAAAUUUCGGUC